AUGGCCACCACUGCUGAUGUACCUGCUCCUGUCGCCGCAGUCAAACCUCGAGUCAUCGUAUUGGCAUUAGACGCAAGUCCACAGUCUGAACGAGCUCUUAACUGGUGCUUGGAACAUAUUAGCAAAGAUAGUGACCACUUAGUGGUUGUCACUGCUUUGAAGCCUGUUAUACCCCAAACAGCGAUGGACUUUUACGUAGGGACAGAUACUGCUGCUUUGGAAGCUGAGGUUGAAAAGAGAUGCAUAACUGAUGUGAAAAAGACUGUUGCUGAAGCUCGUGCUAAAUACCACAGACACGUGGAAGUCACCAUCAAGGUAGUUUGGUCUGAUCCUAGAGAUGCUCUUAUGGACACUAUCAACCAAACACACGCUGAUAUGAUUGUGUUGGGCAGCCGAGGCAGAUCCAACAUCUCUGGAAUGCUGCUUGGGUCUGUUAGUAACUAUAUACUUCAUCAUUCGCAAGCUCCUGUGAUUGUAGUCAGAGAUCCAAGUGAAAAGUAA